AUGUCGGCUGGUCAGCAGACCCACCUUGGCAAUCCCUCAGCUGCGAUGACGCACCUAGUCGGGACCCCGGGAGAUCAUCCCUCGCGAGAGGAGCCCCAAGACGAGCACCCCGCUACAACUUCGGAGCAAUAUUGGCGCCUAUUCAAUGACCCGGGCUUAUCGCCGCCCGACGCCACGGUCGUACCCCCAUCUGUUUCCCCCGAGGCCUUCCACGACCAUGCCCACCAAGUGAGGGCGCUGGCGGGUGUGGUGCAGACCAUCGUUCCGCUCAUCCCCCGGCCAACGGACCAGCCCUUGCGUCAACGAGAGUCCGCCCCUCGGGAGCACGCAACGCUCCCCGGGGCCCCCCCAUCGCCUCGAAACCAAACGACCCGGCUCGGAGACCGGGAGACCGUGGGCACGCUGAACCGCCCCGAACCCGAGCGGCCACCCACGGACUCGACCAACAUCCUACAAGCACAACUGCACCUCUUCAAUCAACGCCUUAACGAGGUACAGCAAGAAAUCCGCAGGUCGGAGGGGGAGCCUGGAACGGAUGGAUACCAAGGGUCCCCAUUCGCGACCGAAAUACAAGAUCAGGCCAUCCCACCGCACUUUCGGCUCCCAUCCCUGGACACCUAUGACGGCGCCACCGAUCCUACGGAUCAUGUAGCCGCGUUUCGCGCCCAAAUGGCGCUAUACGGAACUUCUGACGCCCUGAUGUGCAGGGCCUUCCCGACGACUUUGAGGGGACCGGCCCGCGCAUGGUACGGCAGCCUCAAGGCGGGAACCAUUUCCUCCUUCGACCAGCUCGCCCGGGACUUCGAACUCAACUUCCUCGCUUACGCCCGCCCGAAACCAUCCGCGGCGCUGCUCCUCGGACUCAACCAAGAGGAAGAUGAAUCCCUUUCCCGCUUCUUGGAUCGUUUUACGACGCAGAUCCGAGGGCUCUCGGACGCUCAUCCUUCCUUAUUGAUGCAGGCAUUCAUGAUAGGCUUGCGGCCCUCCAGGUUCUUCUGGUCCCUAGUAGAGCGACCCCCCACGACUGUGCCCGAGAUGCUUCAGAGAGCGAGCCAGUUCGUCGUUGCAGAGACGUGGAUGGCCGGGAGACCCAGGGGACACAAAGGGACCAAGUCAGAGCCGCCUCGACAGCAACAACCUGCAACAUCCCGGCGUAGGUCAGACAGAUCCGACCCGCCGACCCUGAGGCCUCCUCUCCCGGCUUUGAAUUCAUCCCGAACGGAUAUAUUCCUUCAUAUAAGGGAGAAAGGACUGCUCAAAGAACCCGACCCGAUGAGCAACCCCCGGGCGUUGGCAGACCAAUCGAAGUACUGUCGCUUCCACCGGCAACGGGGGCAUGACACUGAACAGUGUCGGGAAUUGAAAAGACAGAUCGAGGAGCUCAUCCGCAGGGGGCACCUCGAUCAGUAUCUCCGCCCGAACAAAGAAUCUUCGCCACGCCCGGAAGGGCCCAUCGAGCGACACAUCGAUGUAAUAACGGGCGGCCCCGCAUCCGGAGGGGACUCCAUGGCCCGAAAGAGGGCGUACGCCCGAGCCGCCUCAGCGGAAGCCCCCAGAUACGCGCCCGGGCCCAGUAUCACCUUCCCGGCCAAGAUGCAUGAACAGGCCGAACACGACGAUGCGCUCGUGAUAUCAACCAGGGUCGCCAACGCACAGGUAAAAAGAAUCAUGGUCGAUACCGGGAGCUCGGCUGACAUACUAUACUUCGACGCCUACCAGAAGCUCGGCCUACCCAGAGAUAGCAUGAAGCCGGUGUCCUCAGCGCUCACCGGCUUCACCGGCGACUCAAUCUCGCCACUGGGGGCGAUUACUUUGCCCCUGACCCUGGGAGUUCCGCCGAGGUCAAGGACAACAAUGACCACCUUCUUGGUCAUCGAUCUCCCCGCUGCGUACAACGCUAUCCUCGGUCGGCCGACACUCAACAAAAUCAGAGCCGUCGUCUCGACCUACUAUCAAACCGUGAAGUUCCCGACCCCCGUCGGGACCGGAGAGACCGCAGGGAGCCCUCGGGAGUCUCGGCGCUGUUACCUGACCGCCGUCUCGUUACCUAAGAGGCCCAGGGCCGAACCACCGUUGGCGGACCACCGAGAAAUACAGAAGUCGGCUCCCCACGUCGGGCCGAGGGGAACCACUAUCGCUGUACUGCUACAAGAAGAUCGCCCGGAGCAGACGAUCAGGGUCGGGUCAGAAUUGCCCGAGCAAGAACGAGAACAACUCAUCGGCCUCCUACAAGAAAACGCUGAUGUCUUCGCUUGGUCUCCCUCUGACAUGACAGGCGUUGCUCCGGAAGUCGCCCUGCAUCACCUCAGUAUCUCCACCGAUGCUCGCCCGAUAAAACAAAAGCUGAGGCGGCAAGCUCCGGAACAGCAGAUAGCCGUACGAGAAGAAGUAACUCGCCUCUUGAAAGCUGGCUUCAUAAAGGAAGCCGGAUACCCGCAAUGGCUGUCCAAUGUAGUCCUUGUCAAGAAAGCAAAUGGAAGCUGGAGGAUGUGCGUUGACUACACCAGCCUUAACAAGGCAUGCCCGAAGGACUGUUAUCCCCUACCACGGGUCGACCAACUGGUCGACGCCACGGCAGGCCACGCCCGCCUCUCGUUCAUGGAUGCCUUCUCGGGCUAUAACCAGAUCAGGAUGGCACCUGAAGAUCAAGAGCACACGGCCUUCAUCACCGAUCAAGGGGUCUACUUCUAUAAAGUUAUGCCCUUCGGGCUGAAAAACGCCGGGGCGACAUAUCAAAAAGCGGUGAACAAAAUAUUCGCUCGCCAGAUCGGACGAAACAUGGAGGUAUAUGUCGACGACAUGAUCAUAAAAAGCCAAGAAGCCGGGACUCACCUGGCUGAUUUAGCCGAAGCUUUCGCUAUACUCCGCCGGGUCGACAUGCGGCUCAACCCCGCAAAAUGCGCCUUCGGGGUCACGACAGGGAAGUUCCUCGGAUUCAUCGUGCACGAGAGAGGGAUUGACGCCGACCCAGAGAAGCUCCAGGCGAUCAUCAACAUGCAAUCACCUCGGACAAUCAAGGACCUGCAGCGCCUUAACGGGAAGCUCGUCGCCUUGUCCCGCUUCCUCGCCCGAUCAGGGGAUCGUUGUUUUCCCUUCUUCAAGGCACUAAAGAACCCAAAAGGUUUCCAAUGGACGACAGAAUGCGAGGUGGCCCUCCAGCAAGUAAAGCAACACCUAGCCAACCUUCCUCGUCUCGCCUCGGUCUCCCCCGGUGAGAAGCUGAGCCUCUACCUGGCUGCCUCUCCGCACACAGUAAGCUCCGUCCUGGUCAAAGAAAACUCCGGCGGCCAACUCCCGGUCUACUACACCAGCCACGUUCUUAGUGGCCCCGAGGAACGGUACCCCCCGAUCGAGAAGUUGGCGCUCGCCCUCGUGUUGUCCGCCCGGAAGCUGCGCCCUUAUUUCCAGGCUCACCCGGUGGAGGUGGUUACAGACCAGCCGCUUCGACUGGUCUUGUCUAAGUUCGAUGUUGCAGGGCGGCUCCUCAAAUGGGCGGUGGAGCUCGGCGAACAUGACGUUCGAUACGUACCCAGGACGGCUAUCAAGGCCCAGUCCGUGGCCGACUUCAUCGCGGAGUUAACCCAGGACGGGAGCGGGAGCCUCACACAACCUCCCGAGGCCUGGGUCCUGCACGUCGACGGUUCAGCCAACUCAAACGGUGCUGGCGCGGGGCUGGUGCUCCGGGCCCCCGAUGGGCGGACAUUCGAGCGUUCCCUCCGCUUCGGGUUCCGUGCCACUAACAACGAGGCGGAGUACGAGGCACUCCUGGCAGGACUCAGAUUGGCCCUCGAGAUGCAGGUGGACAUCCUUCAUGUCCUUACGGAUUCCCAGCUGGUGGCCGAGCAACUUAGCGGAGGAUACGAAGCCCGCGACCCAACCAUGGCAAAAUACCUAGCACAGGUGAGGGACUUAACCGGAAAGUUCCAUCACUUUACACUGUCUAAUGUCCCAAGGGGGGAGAACGAGCGUGCCGACACGCUGGCUAAGCUAGCCUCAAAACCCGCUCCCAAGGCAGGACCGGAGGUCGAGGAGCUCCCCGCCCGCGCCUUCGAGGUCGCGGUCACGGCUACCUGCAACGCGCCCUCCUGGGUACAAGAACUGCUACGCUUCAAACGGGACGGAAUCCUUCCGCCCGACAAAGCAUCAGCCCGGCGCCUGCUUCGCACGCAUGCGUGGUAUAUCGAGGCAGGCGGACGGCUCUACAAGCGGUCUUUCUCGUACCCCCUCCUGCGGUGCCUGGAACUCGACGAGGCGCAAACCGUCCUGGCAGAGGUACACGAGGGCGCCUGUGGAGAACACAUCGGCGGACGGAUCCUAGCCCAUAAAAUACUCCGCCAAGGCUACUACUGGCCGACCAUGUGCCGGGAUGCGAGAACACACGUACAACGGUGUACCUCAUGCCAAGAGCACGCCCGCACGCCUCGGCUCCCCGCAGUCCCGCUAACUCCUAUCGACUGUGCGUGGCCAUUUGCGCAAUGGGGUUUAGACAUUCUCGGGCCUUUUCCUCUAGCCGCCGAACAACGGAGAUACCUCAUCGUCGGCGUGGACUAUUUCACAAAGUGGGUCGAGGCCGAACCAUUGGCGACGAUCACAGCGCAGCAAGUAAAGAAGUUCGUAUGGAAAAAUUUGAUUACUCGGUUCGGCCUGCCCACAACCAUCAUCACGGAUAAUGGGCCCCAGUUCGCCGGUCAGAGAUUUCGGGAAUUCUGUGCGAGACACGGAAUCCGCCUGAAGUACAGCUCGGUCGCUCACCCUCAGACGAACGGGCUAACAGAGGUGACCAACUGGUCCAUCCUAGACGGGCUCAAAAGAAGAGUAUGCGCGGCUCGGACAACCUGGACGGACGAGCUCCCGAGCGUACUAUGGGCGCUACGUACCACUCCAAAACAGCAAUGGGGGAAUCCCCGUACACCCUCACAUUCGGAACUGAAGCGGUCCUUCCCCCCGAGGUAG